UCUAAAACCAUUUGCGGAAAGCGAAAGUCAUCCUUCUUCUUUCUUCCUCCUCCUCCUCUUUCACUGCUCAGCUAUCGUCUCUUGUGCUACCUAUUCACUGCCAAGGGCCAGCCCAUGUGAUGUGACCGCCCCCCCUCAUGGGAAAACCCGCCGCCGGAAUCCUUACCCCAUGACCGAGAAGUAUGGCGAGGACAGAGCACGGCGGUAACAGGGCCGGGGCCUUCUUCCUGGCGACUCUGCUGCUGUGGCUGGUAUCGGUUUUCUUCGAGAUCCUAUUCAACCGUCGGUCGGAGCUCAUCCCCAUCGUCGCCGGCUGUCUCUUUUUCCAGGCGGCCAACUGGGUCAUCCGCCGCUGCAUCUCCCGCGACCCCUUGUUCGUCAACACCUCCGUCUCUCUCAUCCACUCAACCAUCACCUCCGCCUCAGUGGUUUACAUUUUUGUUAAUCAGUGGAUGAAAGAUGGCUCUGCUACCAUGUUUGAACAUUCACAGUUGGUUGGGGAUGCUUGGCCAUUGGCUUACCAGGCAUUGUGCUUCUCGUGUGGCUAUUUUGCAUACGAUCAAUGGGACAUGCUCCAGUACCGACUGUACAGCGGUUGGAUCCCGUCAAUCUUAGUCCAUCACUUGAUCCUCCUCCUCUGCUUCACCCUAGCUCUAUAUCGCAAUGUCACAGUCAACUAUCUUAUCCUCACCUUGAUUUGCGAGUUACAUUCUAUCUUCCUACAUGUGAGGAAAGUACGGAGAAUGGCUGGCGUUCGUGAUGCAAAGAGCGUAAUUGUGAGAAUUGAAUGGGUUCUCAAUUGGGUAACCUUCUUUCUUGCGAGGCUUGUUGCACACAUUCUCAUCACAGUCAAGCUCAUAAAAGAUGCCUCCAAGUUCGAGAAGGGCGUGGAGCUUCCACUUGCACUGUUUGGGAUGGCUGGGAUGAAUAUGCUUAAUAUUGGCCUUGGAAUUGAUCUCCUCGGUGCUUUUAGGAGGGAGAGAAAUCCCAUGAAAAGUAACUAUAAAGAGUGAAAUAGAUAAAUUUUUCUCCUUUUCCCCCCUUUUACAGCUUAGAAAAAAAAUAACAGAUAGGCCAAUGUGGCUCUCGCAUGUUGUAGAUUAUCAAAUUCAUUUUAUUGGUUCUCUUUUUUCCCCCCCCAUUUGUACCAACUUUAUAAGUUGAGACUACUCCUGUCUGAAAAAUGGAAAGGGUCAUCUUCUGAUUUGCUUAAUCC